GUGCUAAUCAAGAAAAUAAAUUUAAGCAUUAUUCUCUGCCGGCUAAUGCCCUUAACGGCCAAAAAUUACAAAAAAUAGUGUCAAAUUAUGAUUUUUCAGCGACCAUUACUAAUGUUCCGACAAAUGACACUCAAUCCCUUUCUCUCCGAGAUUACCAAUUAGCAGACGUCAAAUUUCUCAGUCGGUUAAAAAGUGGAGCAAUUUUUAGUGAAAUGCGAACCGGCAAAACACCGAUUGCCUUAAAAGUUUUUCAACAGUGA